GGAGCGGUUUGCACUAUAAAAGUAACGCAAUGCACGCAAUCCAUUUACAGUUGCACUUCUCCCUCGAAGCCAAGCGAAUCAAAGCCAAGCAGACAUGAAACUUCUGAUCCUGACCACCACCCUGUUGGCUGUGGCGAGCGCCGCCCCCGGACUACUCGACUAUGGGGGACUGGGACACACAGCGCCGGCCAUUAGCUACGGACACGCUGCGCCCGCCAUCAGCUAUGCGGCUGCCGCUCCGGUCAUCAAAUCCUACGCCCCGGCCAUCAGCUAUGCAGCCCCCACCGUCGUGAAGUCGUACGCCGCUCCGGCCAUCAGCUACGCGGCUCCGGCUCCGUCCUACAGCUAUGCGGCCCAUGCUCCGGCCAUCAGCUAUGCCGCUCCCACUGUGCUCAAGUCGUAUGCCGCGCCCGUGGCAGUGGCUGCUCCGGUGGCUGUUAAAUCCUACGCCCCGGCCACCAGCUACUCGCACUUCAGUUCGGUUGUUUCCCAUGCCGCGCCCAUCGUUAAGUCAUAUGCCGCUCCGGCCAUCAGCUAUGCCGCACCUGCCGUGGUCAAGUCGUACGCCGCUCCUGCCAUCAGCUACGCCGCACCCGCUGUCGUCAAGUCAUACGCUGCUCCGGCCAUCAGCUAUGCGGCUCCUGCUCCGUCCUACAGCUACGCGGCCCAUGCUCCGGCCAUCAGCUAUGCCGCACCGGCCGUGGUCAAGUCUUACGCCGCACCCGCCAUCAGCUAUGCCGCACCCACACUCCUGAAGUCGUACGGCGGCUAUGAUGACGGCCACUACGGUUAUCACUAAGCGGACGCGGCUCCAUCGGGGGUUGGGGACAGGAGGCAUGGAAGCGGACGAGGUCGAGGAGCUGCAACAGCCGAGGCACGUUC